CCACGUGUUUGGUCAGAGUAAGCGGUGGGUUGCAGUUAGUUGGCCCAGGAACCUGUAAACUCAUUAUCAUCAGAGUUGUGAGUGAGAACACUACUACUGUAAAGACAAAAUCAUGUCUGACCGGGCUUCCUUUGAAAAUAACGAAAUUGGAGGUUUCGCCAAGAUUACCAACACAUAUUGCCUAGUAGCCAUUGGAAAGGGGGGGGAGGGGAGGGGGAGUGCAGAAAACUUUAACAGUGUGUUUGAAGGUGAACUUUCUGAAACCAUACAACCAGUAGUCCAUGCCUCGACUGACGGGUGCAGAAUUAUUGGGAGGAUGUGUGUUGGUAACCGCAUUGGUAACCGCCUGUUAAUUCCUAAUAAUACAACUAAUCAAGGCACUGAUCUAGCUGCCUUAGGAAAUGUCAUAGAGUGCAACGACUACGUCGCCCUCGUUCACCCAGAUCUCGACAGGGAAAAAGAAGAGAUCUUGGCAGAUGUCCUUAAAGUGGAAGUAUUUAGACAAACAGUAGCUGAUCGGGUUCUCGUUGGAAGUUACUGCAAUCAAGGUGGUUUAGUACAUCCCAAGACCUCUAUUGAAGAUCAGGAUGAGUAAUUUUCUCUUCUACGAGUUCCCUUAGUGGCUGGAACAGUAAACCGUGGCAGUAAAGUGAUUACAGCAGGAAUGGUUGUUAAUGAUUGGUGUCCUUUUUGUGGCCUGGAUACAACAAGCACAGAACUCUUAAUAGAAAGUGUGUUCAAACUAAAUGAUGCACAGCCUAGUACCAUUGCUACAAACAUGAGAGAUUCUCUUAUUGACAGCUUAACAUAAAAAGUCAGUAACAGGAGACAAUUGCAAACUGGUGCAUCUUUAUAGCUGAAAUGAACAUCUUCGGAAAUAAAUGGCUCCUUUUAUCAAAACUGUAC